CACUCACAAACAAACAAGUGAAAAGAGAGAACCAUAAGAAUGAGGGAAAAUGGAAGCAGAGCUUUCAUGGGACCUCUCCUCUUUGUCAACCUGGUUAUGUAUAUUCUUGUUCUUGGACUUGCAGGAUGGUCUAUUGACAAGUAUAUUGACAGAGAGACUCAUCAUCAUCUUGGUGGUAAUACUUCAACUGGUUUUCUGCUAAUCUUUGCUCUCAUGGCUGGUGCUGUGGGUGCAUGCUCAGUGCUUACUGGAAUGCUUCACUUGAAGGCCUGGAGAAGUGAUAGCUUGGCUGGAGCUCUUUCCUCUGCUUUGGUUUCUUGGGCUUUAACAGCUUUGUCCUGUGGGCUUGUAUGCAAGCAAAUCAUACUGGGAAACAGAGGCAGGCGUUUGAGAACUUUGGAGGCAUUUAUCAUAAUAUUGACAUUAACUCAACUGAUGUACUUAAUGUUGCUUUAUGCUGGGGUGAUGAGUACUAAGAGUGGCUCUGAAUUCAGGAAUUACAACACUGAGUAUGGAGUGAUAAUGACACAAAGGGAUCCCAUGGAUACUGGAACACCUGCUGCUACUACUUCUGGAGUUUAAAUUAGUGUUUUUGCUUUCCAUUUCUCACUUUGUAGAGCUUCUUUUUUACUUACUGUUGUUGUUAAUGUUUUCCAUUUUCUUAGUGUUUGAAGGUUCAGUAAUUUUGGCAUGAGAUAGUUAAUGAGUUUAGAGGUUAUAUGAAGGAUCAAUGAGUGAGGAUUCAGGAGAAUAAUGUUUUCUGUUUUUAUUCUUAAGGAAAACAGAAAUGGAGUGAUUAAUUAUGACCCAAGAGG